AGUGCUUCGAGUCUGUACAGCUCUCAGGACGUUUCCUCUACUUCAACCUAUAAGCCCUCUGUUGGCGCUCUAGGACUUGCCCAAAGCACGUACCAGCAGGGAGUUUCAUAUCGGCCUGUGCAGAGCACUUUGCCAUCCAGCUUUGUUUCUAGGGCACAUCCAUACGCCUCAAGCUUUAAGCCCUCUACUAGCACUUCAAAGCCAGUCCAAAGCGGCUACCAGCAAAAAGCAUCAGAUCAGCCUGUCCAAACUGCUUCCCAGAGAGUAUCUUCAUCCCAGCCUGUAACAAGCAGCUACCAACAGGUUGCUUCAUCCCAGCCUGUAGCAAGCAGCUACCAACAGGUGGCUUCAGCCUGGCCUGUCCCAUCUGCUUCCCAGAGAGUAUCUUCAGCCCAGCCUGUCCAGUCAGCAUACCAGCAGGUAGCUUCCACACAGCCUGUGUGGCGUAGUUCUCCACCUAGCUUUGUUUCCCAAAAGGUUGGCUUUGAUUCUAGUGCAGUGGGAUUAAGUGGCUCAAGGGCAUAUUCUUACACCACAAGCUUGAAGCCCUCUACUAGUGCUUCACAGCCUGUGCAAAGCACCUACCAGCAAAAGCCUGUCCAAACUGCUUCCCAGAGCAUAUCUUCAGCUCAGCCUGUACUGAGCAGCUAUCGGUCUGGCCUUUAUUCCCAAAAUGUUGGCUUUGAUUCUAGUGUGGGGACAGGCUCCGGGGUGUCCUCCUAUACCUCAAGCUUUAGGCCCCCCACCAGCAUUUCUAAGCCUGUCCCAAGCAGCUACCAGCAAGUAACUUUAUCCCAGCCAGCUCAGAGUAGCUACCCGCCUGAAGCUGCUUCCCAAAAUAUUAGAAUGGAUUCUUCUUUGACUGAAGUGGUAGGAAGUGUCUUGAGAAAUGACUACGGUUCUGAAGUAGCUACAACUGGAUUAAACUACAGGCCUUUCACCAGCAUAUCUACACCUUCCCAAAGUACUUGCCGACAGGUGACUGCAGCCCAGCCCGUUCAGAGCCGAUACCAAGAUGUGCCUUUUUCCCAAACCAGCUAUGGUGCUAGUUUGAGUGGUGUGACUUCAACUGGUUCAAGGAGUCUGUAUACCCCUUCAGACUCGGUGGCUUCAGUGGCUUCUGCUCAAGCGUUCAGAUCACCAUAUUCCUAUGCUCAGGCUUUGAGUUCCCUAGACAACUCUCAACCCUCUGCUGGCUCUCCAAGAUUAACAUGGACACAAAAGGUGCUGGAGUAGCUGAUAGCUUCCACUCCAUGGUGGGAUUGUCGCAGCAGCUGAACCUUUGAUUCAAAACUUUCUAAAUAAAUAUUCAACUCUUU